GGAAGUGUAGGCGCACGGGAAUAGUUGCAGUAGUCGCAGCGGAGCCGCGCAGGUGCUGGGCGGAAGGACAGAACCGAAGGGCCAGUGACUGGAGGAGGCAGCUGCGGGUGAAUUAAAGGUUGCCUGGCUGGUGACUUGUUCUAGGGUGGCCUUCUAACUAAGCAAGAAAUAUGUCUUGGAUCAAGGAAGGAGAGCUGUCACUUUGGGAAAGGCUAGGUGUCAACAUCCUAAAGGCGGGCCCAGUGCCCAAACACAUUGCAUUCAUAAUGGAUGGAAACCGUCGCUAUGCCAAAAAGUGCCAGGUGCAGAAGCAGGAGGGACACUCACAGGGCUUCAACAAACUGGCUGAGACUCUGCGCUGGUGUUUGCACCUGGGCAUCCCAGAGGUGACUGUGUAUGCAUUCAGCAUUGAGAACUUCAAACGUCCCAAGAAUGAGGUGGACGGGCUACUGGAUCUGACCCGGAACAAGUUACAACGCUUGAUGGAAGAACAGGAGAAGCUGAAGAAAUAUGGGGUGUGUGUCCGGGUCCUGGGUGAUCUACAUUUGUUGCCCUUAGACCUUCAGGAGCUGAUUGCACAAGGUGUACAGGCCACUAAGACUUACAACAGGUGUUUCCUCAAUAUCUGCUUUGCAUAUACAUCCCGUCAUGAGAUCACCAAUGCUGUGAGAGAGAUGGCCUGGGGAGUAGAGCAAGGUCUGCUAGAUCCCAGUGAUGUUUCUGAGUCUCUGCUUGAUAAGUGCCUCUAUUCCAACCACUCUCCUAACCCUGACCUCUUGAUAAGAACUUCUGGAGAAGUACGGCUGAGUGACUUCUUGCUCUGGCAGGCCUCCCAUUCAUGCCUAGUGUUUCAACCAAUUCUGUGGCCAGAAUACACAUUUUGGAACCUGUGUGAGGCCAUCCUGCAAUUUCAGGCGAACCAUAGCACACUUCAGCAGAAGGCUCGAGACCUAUAUGCAGAAGAACGGAAGAGGCACCAGUUGGAGAGGGACCAGGCUGCAGUGACAGAGCAGCUGCUACAAGAGGGACUCCAGGCCAGUGAGGACACCCAGCUCCGACGGACACGCUUGCACAAACUCUUAGCCAGACGGGAAGAGCGAGUCCAAGGCUUCCUGCAGGCCUUGGAACUCAAGCGGGCUGACUGGCUGGCACGUCUGGGCACUGCAUCAGCCUGAAUAAGGCUGGCCAUCAGCCACUGUACCCUGCCCUUUGCCUGCAGGGCCCCACUCCUUUCUUUUCUUGGUGAAAGGCACUCCUUCCUGAUGAGUUAUGCUCCCCUUACUUGGCAGAAGAACCCCCAAAGCCACAUCUGUUGGCUGUAGAUACCUUUUGGCUGCCUGGGACAGUGGCCCCUGGGGAGGUUUGAAGGUGAGAGUCUCCUACAAAGACACUGGUCACCAGUCAGUUUGGAGAACCUGGGGGGCUCCAACUCACUGGCUGCCUGCCCUGUCUGUUUUUGUUUUUCCACCAGUACAUCCUUCAACAGGCAGAAGUGCAGAGGUCUUCCCAAAACCUAGCCCCUUAUUCUCCAUCUUAGCCUUCCCCACCAGAUUUGGCUGUACCUUGUAUCUGCUGGUAAAUAGCUAAUAGGCAGCCACUGUUAUUUGGGCAAAGAAGAAAGAGGCGUGAGAUACAGAAAAUUUGCCCAUCUGCUGCUCCUCCCCUUGGCUCUCCACCUGGGAUUUGCUAUUGAAUCUCUACCCCCUCCCACCACACAGUUCUGAUUCUCACUGAAAGGCUCAGUGCCCCCAAUGGCACAAGGAAGCCAGGCUGGUGAUUACAAUCCAAUUACCUAUUGUUGACUCAGCCCACACAAGCUUUUCUCCCCCUGUUGCAGGGCACUGGGCCAGGCUCUACUCUCCAGUGAGACUAGCCCCCUCCAUGGCUACAAAGUAACAGAAGGUCCUAUAGGCCAUGGUAAAUCUAAUCCAACACAGACCUCCUUCUGUUGAACACAUUAGGACUGAGUAGACCAAGUAUUUCUCCCAACUGACUCUGCCUCUGCCUCCAGGCCCCUGCCCUCACCAUCUCAAACUCUUGAUUCCCACUCCCAAUCUUGGAGGAUUCACAUAGCUCUUUGACCUGGCUGCCUAAGAGGCCCCAAGACUGUUCUCAGUACGGCAAAAGUUCUUCCAGGCCCUCUCUCUGCCUCUGUUGGCCAAAGCUGUCCAGCUUUGGCUCAGGAAGAGGACUGAGUCAAGGCUGUGUCCUUUUCCUUACCGUGCCUUGCCAGGCAUCCCCAGAGUUGCUGAGAGGAUUAGUGCCUUUGAAGAGUUGUCUGCCUGAGCAACUCUGCUUCAGGUACCCUAAAGAAGCAAGUACCAGCCAGUAAUGCUGACAAAAUGCUACUUUAGUCUUCUUGUUUCCCCAGCACCUCCCUCCAGGAGAGGUGAGAUUUUGCAAGCAGUGUGAAGAGUAUACUCUUUGGAUUCCUCACUUUUCCUAUACCCCAUUCCCUUGCCCAUCAUUCCUGCACCCACACUCAGUAUAUAUGCCAUAUACUGAGAAGCCAAUUGAUGCACCCUUUGGCGAGGCUCCCUAUACACCUGGCACCCCACUACCAAUCCCUGGCACAGGGUUCCCAGAGAGCAGGUGCUGUACAUUUUCCAGCUUUACAAUGGGGCUGUUGACAGCCUUAAUUAGGGAGGCAUGAAUUAUGUGGUUAUAAUGCAGAGCCCUAUAAUUAAGGCGAGAAUGAGGUACUGGAGGCAGCAAAUGGAGGAAUCUUCCCUGUGAGCAUGGCUGCUGAGUCUUUUUGACUUGGGGUACAAGUAGAGGACUGGUAUUUCCCUUGGCCAUAGCUCCUGUAUUCUGGGGCAGGUAUACAGGGUGGAGUAGGGAGGAGCUGCCCUAGGAGGUACUGUGGGGGUGGAAAAGAGGAGAGGCAGAAGAACCGUUGCCGCCCAGAAACAAGGCUACAAAAUUCUUGGUUUCAACUCGGUGUUGUUUCCUUUCUGCUGGUUAUGGAUUUCUACAUUUCUAACAUCAACCCUUGUCUCAGAAAAUCAGGUGGGACCAUUACGUUCUCCCAGCUUAGCGCUAAACCCCCUGUUCUUGUG